CCUCUCCUGUCCUGCUAAUGAAAGAGCUGUGGGCAGUGUGUGUGCGCUGCUGCGGGCAUGCCGUGCUAUCAGUGCUCAGUGUGCUUGGACCAGGUAUGUUCCCCAGAUGACAGUCCUACCAUGAAGUGACCUGGAAAUACAGAUAAUACAGAAUCACAAUGGCAUCUCCACGGCUGCCUUGGAUUUUUGCUUUCUACUUUUCUGCACUGAUGCUCAUUCAAGUCAGAAUGACUCAAUGUGCUGAUAAUACAACUCAGUGUUCUUCUCGUCGCUGCAACAGAAACCUAUCAUGUUCUUCACCUGAGGACUGCAUUGGUAUCAAAGAUCCUUGCCUCUCAAACCCAUGUUCAUGGCAUGCCAAGUGCCAAGUUAUCUCUUCCGUUGCACAGACCUAUGUGUGCCAGUGUCCAGCAGGCUACACAGGAGAGAACUGUGAUAUUCAUCUGAAAAGAUGUCCCAGGAACCCAUGUGGUAAUGGAGGUGAAUGCUAUGUUGGUAAAGAAGGUCCAAUUUGUGCUUGCACUGUAGGAUACAAGGGAAAGUUCUGUGAGACACCAGAAGAUGAGUGCCUUUGGAAUCCCUGCCAAAAUGGAGCCAUGUGCAAGAAGCGAGGGGAUGAAUAUGCUUGUUAUUGUGUUCCUGGGUUCCAGGGGGCCCUGUGUGACAUUGAGGUGGAUGAAUGUAUCUCUCAGCCCUGCCACCACGGGGCCACAUGUCUGAACCAGAUUGGGCAGUACACCUGCAUGUGCCCACCACAGUACACAGGCAGAGACUGUGAGCUGGAAGUUGAUGAAUGUGUAUGGCAGCCAUGCCUGAAUGGGGCUACAUGUCAUUCUUUCAUUGGUUCUUUCAAUUGUACCUGUCCUCCUGGGUUUGAAGGUGACCUGUGUCAGUUCAAUAUUGAUGAGUGUGCCAGCUUUCCGUGCCUUAAUGGGGGACACUGCAUCGAUGGAGACAAUGGGUACACGUGUGAAUGUAACAUGGUGGGAUUCAAUGGGUUGCACUGUGAGAUGCCAGUGUCGAUGUGCGAGUCCAAGCCCUGUCACAAUAAUGCCACUUGCCUGGAAGUUUCUGCCAAGUUUACAUGUCUUUGUUUGCCAGGUUCCACAGGUUCUCUAUGUGAGAUAGAUAUUAGCGAGUGCAGCAGCCAGCCCUGUCUGUAUGACUCCGAGUGUGUGGAGCUGGCUCAGCCGCUAAUGGGAACCUACAAUGAACAUGCUGGAUACAUAUGCAAAUGUAGAGACGGAUUAACCGGAGUUCACUGUGAAUCAGACAUCAAUGAGUGUGAGUCAAAGCCUUGUCAAAAUGGAGGCGCCUGUGAGAAUCUUCAUGGCAGCUAUACCUGUCACUGCAGGACACAAGCAGAUGCAGCAGGGAAUUAUUAUGGUGGGAGAAACUGCAAAGAGCUCCUUGUUGGCUGUGCCACUCCUAGAUGCCAUAAUGGUGGCACUUGUAUUCCACAGUUAAAAGAAGGAGAACACUCCCAUCACUGUUUGUGCCCAGAAGGCUAUGCAGGCCCAAGCUGCCGGGCACAGACCACUUUCUCUUUCAAUGGCAAGUCUGUCCUUCCUGUAAAUAAAAAUAGUACAGAGGCCCAGGGGGGUCAUUUCUUCAACAUAUCGCUGAGUUUCCAGACGGUGCAAGCUUCAGCUGUAAUAUUCCACAUGGAAGCCCAGAAUUCAUCGAUUAGACUAUACCUGCAGAAUAGUGCCAUAUAUCUUGCCUCUGAAGUCCACAGUGAAAUAAAGAGUCUGCUGCAUUUGCCUGGCAAUGUCAGUGAUGGCCGAUGGCAUGCUGUGGGGGUAUCCGGCACUGACAGGCUCACUCUCAGAAUAUUGGAUGCCCAAUGCACUACGAGAUGUACUGAGAGCUCUGAUCACAUUCUAGGCGAUCAUUUAAGAGACUCUGUCUUCCAGAAAAUACUGCUGGGUGGUGAACCGCCUUUAAGGACAGCAGAGGAGGAUAUUUAUAAUAAUGCUGAGGAAAUGCGGCCUUGGUUUGUGGGCUGCCUGCGGGAUGUCAGAAUAGAUUCAGCCUUUGUUACAGAUGAAAGUACAACAGUGGGUGACAUUGAUGUUGGAUGCAAGAGGAGAAACCAGUGUGAGAGCCAGCCGUGUCAAAACAGAGGCCAGUGCAUCAACCUAUGGCUCGGCUACCACUGCGACUGCUUCAGGCCCUACAGGGGGCAGAACUGUUCUUCAGAAUAUGAAUCGGGUAGAUUUGGGCACAGACAUCUGACUUCCCAUGCUGCUUUCCAAGUUAAUAUUGAUCGGAGGGAAGAGAUAACCAUAUCUGCAUUCUUUAGAACCCGCCAGCCUUCAGGAUUCUUGCUAUCCCUGGGGAACAGCACUUACUCUGGCACCAUCAUCUCAUUAGAUGGAGGAAGGCUGACAUUGAAGACAAGGAGAAAUGUUCUCCUGAAGGGAAACAACACCAUCAAUGAUGGGAAUUUCCACCUGGUCUCUCUAAAGCUCACACAGACUAAAAUGGAGAUGUUUGUGUCAUUGAAGUUGGUGGGACAGAUAGACAUGACUAUGACUGAAGUCUACUCCACUAGUGUCCUGUACGUGGGAGGACUGGUGGAUCCAAAAGAAACUGCAAAGCAUGGAGGUUACUUUAAGGGCUGUGUUCAAGAUCUGAGGAUUGCAGAGAAACACCUGGAGUUCUUUUCCAGUUCAGAAUCAUCUUCUGUUGAGGAUAUUACAGUCAGCAAUGUGACUCGGGGAUGUGAGAGUGACAGUCAGUGUAAUCCCAGCACAUGCCACAAUGGAGGUGUUUGUUAUCCUGUCUGGGAUGACUUUGUCUGCAGCUGUCCCCCGAACACUACAGGAAAAGCUUGUGAGGACCUUAAGUGGUGCCAACUGACCCAGUGCCCCCCAGGAUCUAUGUGUCAGACGGUGCCCAGUGGGUAUGAAUGUACAGCCAGUGUUGUUUUCAAUGGUACCAGCCAUGGAGUCAUGUAUAGGAGCAAUAGUCAAAUAAGAAGAGAUCUCACCAACGUGACCCUGCAAUUCCGCACCCAAGCGUCAGAAUCAAUUCUCCUGUAUGCAGAACAAGGGCCAGACAUUGUCACCGUUGCUGUUCAGAGGUCUCGUCUGCUUUUCCAUCUGCAGAGUGGCAAUAGCAUUGAUGCUGUGAGCCUGUAUGGUGCAGAGAUGGUGAAUGACAGUCAGUGGCAUAGUGUCACAUUGUCAGCGACAACCCCUCAAUCUCAGUCCUCACGUUGGCAAAUGGAAGUGGAUGGAAAGACGGACAAAAUCAGUUUAUUUCCCACUGGAAACUUGAACUUUCUUCGUGAGGGGACAGAUAUUUAUUUAGGAAUAAAUGGUAAAGAUGGGAAUCUGCACUUCAUUGGGUGCCUGGGUACGGUGCAGAUUGGAGGAAUAUACCUGCCAUAUUUCGGAGAUGAAGACUACCAAGCGACUAGGCCACAGAAAGAGCAGUUUGUUAAGGUCUCGCCAGUGAGUGUUGGCAUUGAUUGCCUGAGCUUAGAAUCCUGUGCUUCCCAACAUUGCACGCAUGGAGACAAGUGUCGUGGGGGUUUUACCCACCCCAUAUGUACAUGUCCAUCUGGAAGAACUGGACCCUUGUGUGAAACAUAUAUCCAUAAAUGUCACUCCAGCCCUUGUCUGCAUGGGAUCUGCACUGAUACUAUUACGGGGUACUCUUGUGAAUGUCACGUUGGCUAUUCUGGGGUGAACUGUGAUAUUCACAACUGCCAGGAUCACCGGUGUGCAAGAGGUGCCACCUGCAUUGCUCAAGCAAAUGGAUACUCCUGCCUGUGCCCAGCUAAUGUCACUGGAUCAUUGUGCAGUGUGUCCUCACCAUCCGAAGCCUCAUCUCUCAACUCAGUAAGAAUAUACAACAGGUUGCCGUCGACCUUUUGUGGGGAUGGAAAAAAAAAUAUCACUUGUUAUAACCGCAGUAAUUGCACAGAAGAACGUGGGAAGCUGAGGUGCACUUGCUUGCCGGGAUUUGUGGGUGAGAGGUGUGAAAUUGAUGUUGAUGAGUGUGAGUCCAACCCCUGCCUAAAUGGUGGCCUCUGCCAGAACCUGCCCAAUCGCUUCCAUUGUAUCUGCGACCUGAACUUUGCUGGGGAACAUUGUGAGAUAGACCUUUCAGAUUUCUUCCCUCCUGGCAUAUUCACCGCUGUGGCCUCUGUGGUGUUGGCGCUGUUCUUUAUUGUCUGCGCGGGACUUUGCAUCUUUAUUGCAGUUUCAGGCAUGAGAUCCAGCCAAGGAGCCUAUAGCCCCAGCCGCCAGGAGAAGGAAGGCUCUCGGGUGGAGAUGUGGAACAUCGUUCAGCCUCCUCCAUUAGAAAGACUCAUCUGA